AUGUCUGCAGCUCGUUUCUUAGACUCCCAGGGCCCGCCCCGAAAGAAGAUGCGGAAGGGGACCAAGAGUUGUAUCGAAUGCCGCAGACGCAAAAUACGUUGCACAUACGACACUGAUCGCCCGAAUAUAUGCAAUGAAUGCCAUACCAGAGGAUUCGAAUGCAUUGAUCAGGAACAUGGGACCGUGGACCCCAAGGUCGCGGGCCCUCUAUCCGGCGAGCAAUCCUACAGUUUGCGUGAGCGAGUAACGCAGCUUGAGAAUGUGGUCAGAGAUAUCUUGCAGCGGAUGGAACAUACAACCCCAUCUUCGGCUUCCGCAUCACCAGCGGCACAGAUUGAUCAUCACAAGUAUCCGCCAACGCAGACCAGUAAGCAUUACAUAAACGAAUAUCUCGAACCAAAUCCAGCAGAGCCGAGAGUCCCCGUUUCGGGGAAGCAGAUGACCGUCACGGUUGCGAGCGAAAUUGUCGAGGGCGCCCCUAUUACGGACAGUCAUCAGAUCGAGAACGCUCCAGUACUUCAGAUUCUCAAUAAUAAUAUUAUCUCCCGCACCGAGGGAACGGCAACACGAAAUCAGAAUAUCGCUGCUACACAGGCCAUCUCACCAAAAGCGAUUGCAGCACGGAACGAGCUCGUCAAAUUGAUUCCACCACGUGCCGAUCUCCGUCGCAUUCGAGAUGUGGCCGCGAAUUGGUGGUCUGUGUGGGUUCAAAUGUUUCCCGAACUACCUGAACGGGACAAGUCAGUUCUCGUUGGUGAGCGGGAUUACUUUGAAAUACCGAAUUCUCCGGGAGACGUUGCCAAAUUUAUACUGUGCCACUUGAUGUGUAUCGACCAGCUUCCGGCUGGGUUCGAUUACAAUUCUCUAGAAAUGCCCAUCGUACCGAGCGAGUACGCCGAUCGCUGCGUAAAUACAAUCGACCGGUUGAUUAUCAAUGAUGAGGAUUUAUGCGGCACUCUGCCCAGUCUUGAGGCGAUACUACUCCUCUCUAAAUGGUAUACGAGCAUUGGACGGCCGCGAAAGGCAUGGCUUUUGACGAGGCGCGGAGUUGAAUUAGCUCAAUUAGCCGGUUUGCACAUCUCGACAGCCAAAGAUCCCCAUCCAGACGAUAAAUUGUACGACCGACGUCUUAAGCUGUGGACAGUACUUGGCCUAAAUGAUCGAUUCCUCUGCAUGAUUCUUGGUCUGCCGUAUGCGGUUCAGGAACGCCUGUAUCGGCCACAGGUCGAACGACGCUUGAAAACAGAGCCUCCCAAUAUGGAAACCUAUUGCCUUCAACUAUCACUUGUCAUGGGUCCAAUCAUCGAUCGAAAUCAGGAAGAUCCGACCAAGAUGUCCAUUGCAGAAACACUCAAGCUAGAGCAAGACUUGCAAGACCAGGCAAGGUCCAUGCCAGACCACUUUUGGCAGCGACGAAUUCCGGAGCAGAAGAUCUCCGUCAAUGAAGCGACUGAGCGAUUGUUGCUGCCUUUUGUGUUUCACUAUAUGCGGGCCACGCUACAUUUGCCGUUCAUGUUGCAAUCCCAUGGCGACCGCCGGUAUCAGUUCAGCCGAGAAGCUGCGUUGGAAUCGACUCGGAAUGCGCUGCUCUCAUAUAAUAUGUUGCGAUCUGCUGAUAUGAUGAGUCCGUACAUAUGCCGUUUGAUUGACUUUCAGGCCUUUUCAGCGGCCAUGCUCUUGAUUAUCAAUGUUAUCGGAUACUCCGAAGACGCGCCAAAUUACAGCCCGGAACAGGAUGAGAAGGACUGGGAAAUCAUCGACGCCACGACAGAGGUACUCCGUCACGCCGCGAUGGAACCAGCCGGCACAGUCGCACAACAGUCACUUCUGAUUUUGGAGGGAUUGAGCAAAAACAUGGAAACAGAAUGCCCGUCAGCCGUAUCCUGCAAAGUCUCCGUUCCGUAUUUCGGCAGUGUCACAGUGAUACCAGGCAAAAAAGCCUUUAAAGUCCGAAAUCGUUCAUCCGCCGCUCAUCAACAGCAGCAACAACAACCUACACCAAGCAGCAGCAGCUGUUUCAGUCAACAACCUUCUUCCGUCAAGGGCUGUGCAUCCGAACAAACCAGCCCUUUUGGGUUAUACMCCCCGCCGCAGUCAAACAUCGAUUUCACCAGCUGCUCCGUCUCCAACUGCCCAGAUCAACAACACAACCAAGCUUUGAACGACCCAGUAACCUCAUCGAUAUGGGACGACUCCUCCCGCGUCCAACUAGAGAAUAUUACCACGCUACCAAACGCUGGCAUGAACCUGAACGCGGGCAUGUCGAUGAACCACAAUCCGGAGCAAAUGGCAGGCGGGCUUAUGGGUGGGUUUUUGGGUAAUAAUGAGAACUUGAGUCUAUGGUCGAAUAUUCCGUUGGAUCUGGAUUUAGAUCAGGGGUGGAAUUUGGAUUGGACCAGUGGGGGGGCUGUAAUGCAAUGA